AUGGCUCAGCCAUCAAGUAGUGCUUUGAGAGCUCUAGCUUUAGAAUAUAAAAGUUUGCAAGAGGAACCUGUUGAAGGCUUUAGGGUAAAAUUAGUAAACGACGAAAAUUUGUUUGAAUGGGAAGUAGCAAUAUUUGGUCCGCCAGAUACUUUAUAUCAAGGAGGAUAUUUUAAGUUACCCUUUAAAUUAGCCUUAUUAAAUAUGGCUCAUGUAAAAUUUCCAUCGGAUUAUCCAUACUCACCACCACAACUUAGAUUUCUUACUAAAGUUUGGCAUCCAAAUGUUUAUGAGAAUGGAGAUUUAUGCAUCUCAAUACUCCAUCCUCCAGUGGAUGACCCACAGAGUGGUGAAUUACCUUGCGAAAGAUGGAAUCCUACUCAAAAUGUUCGGACUAUUCUGUUGUCGGUGAUCUCAUUAUUAAAUGAACCCAAUACUUUUAGUCCUGCUAAUGUAGAUGCCUCUGUAAUGUAUAGAAGAUGGAGGGAAUCAAAGGGAAAGGAUAAGGAAUAUGAAAAUAUUAUUCGAAAACAAGUAUCUGCAGCAAGAUUAGAAGCAGAAAAAGAUGGAGUAGUAGUUCCUUUAACUCUUGAAGAUUAUUGUAUAAAAACCAAAGUAAAACCUGCAGAAAAUAAUGUGGAUAUGACUGAUUUUUAUGUUGAUGAUUAUGAUUUAGAUGAAGAUUUAGACUCUGAAGAUGAUGAUUAUGAGGAUGGAGAUGAUAGUGGAAAUGGAGAAUCGUGA